UGCGCAACUUUAAAUAAAUAUAGAAUUGUUAUAACAACACUCCUACAACAUCAGAGUGCAGCGCUACAUUAAAAACGCACUACAAUGACAAUAGUUUAAAGCGAUUUGAAGGAUGUUUUAUUUUCAAAAUUGAAAUAUGUUUUUUUUUGGGGGGGGGGUGGGGCAGAGCUUUGUGACGUCAUUUGAGGGGGGCUGACUUUUUGUGACGCUGUGUGACGAGGGGGGGGGGUCAAAAUCAUCAAAAAUCGCGUGACGUAAUUUAUGGACGGCCCCUUACAUUUAGUUAAGACAGGACUUUGCAAGCAGGUUAAAAAUAUAUGAUCAUGUGUAAAUUAAGUUGAAUAAAAUUGUAUACAUGCAACACGAUUGCAUGUUUAAAAAAUACGUCAAAUCAAUACUUCUUUUCCUUUCAGGUCAAAAUUGACGCGCUGCUCUUGAAAAAAGUGUGUACUUGUUGCUAGGAGUAGUUGCCGAGAGAGUGAAACAAUAUUUAUCCGUCGGCGUCAUUCCACCAAAAUUUGUGCAAAGUGUUGCGAGCCUUAAAUGACUUUUGAACGCCAACAUCUGGCUCAUGUUCGGGGUGUUCCUGCUGUCCCGGGAAUAACCAAAACUUGUUGCUAUGCACACGGAGAAAAACACAUUACUGCGCAAGGAAUCAGCAUCUCAUCCCAGUGUGGUUUUUACAUUCGUUUCUUGCGACAGCACGCACCGUCCGAACAGAUUACCGAGUGUAUAUGUACCUGUGUAUAUAACCCACACACCUUGUGUCAUUGUAACACCAAUGGAAUCUUUCAAAAAAAUUCAAACGAUCCCUGUAUGGAUUCUUCCCAUUCACCUUUUUGUUCAGAUAAUAGUGACCCCCGAAGUGGUGCCAAAUCAAUCCGAUUAGCUACGUUUAUCCCUGAGUCAUUCACCCAGACGUGGCUUAUUGGAAGCGCUCAAUGUAUGCAGUCGUCCGCGUAUGAUCAUGGAUGGAUAAGCGUAGUAACCAAUCAGUGGUGACACAUUUGACCUAUUAUUCGUAAUUUAUCCUCGGACAAGACUCACACGGACGUGUCCUCGUGUAAGCGUGAAAUUCGUGCUGUUAUGUCGUGUCCUUUCACGUGUAAGAGGAGUCGUCUAGAAGUGGAAGCAUUCUACCAUUAUCUACAUUGUUUUCGUGGAUAUUGAAGUUGACUAGGAAGCGGUGGAAAAUUGCAACUUCCUGAUACUCGCGCGGAUAGGCAUGAAGUUCCCGGAUAAGCUGUGUCGGAUAAUAGGAUCUGCCAUCGGCAACUCUCACAUUCAUUGUGUAAAUGCUUACCCCGAGCUCUCAUACUCUGAUGGUGCAUUGUCUUUGAGUUGUGCGCCUUUUGGCAUCAUUUGGUCCAACCCAUGUGAGGCUAGGUUCUAAGGAAAGCUGUCUCGGGUGUGGACCAAUCAACUUCAAGGACAGUGCACAUUAUCAGAGUUGUGUUUUUGUUUGCAUUAUGACUGCAGGUAUUGUGGUCUAUGCAACCAUGACUCCUUGUAAUAAGGUGUCAGUUUUGUUGCCAGAUAGAAGGGUAAAAAAAACUAUUAUCAACUUUCACAUUGAUGCAGAUUUUUUUUAAACAUGUUUGCAAUUAAAACACAAUACCUCAUGUGCAAAAGCAAUGCAGAUGAAUGGAUGAUGGGUUCCCCUGAGAUUUUGACGUGUGGGUGACGACGCCACAGGCCCUGAAAACCACUGGGUUUGUUUUCUCCCUCGCCAAUGUUGUUUGUGUGCAACGUUCACAUGUUACGCGGCCUACAUGGUAUUUUCAGGAAACGCGUGAAUGCGGUAAAUAUGUCCAAGCCUACGGUACAGUGUUUGAACAAGGGCAAGUUUGUUGCAAAACAGAAAUGAAUCCACGCGGUCGAUGCAAUGACUCGCUGGGUGUAGAUGUUGUCAACGCUUGCCCAGCUUUGUCGAUGUAAAUGCCUGCAUUUAUACGAGGGGAUACUUACAUAAGCAAAUGUCAGUACUCGCGCCACGAAUUUUAUUCCACCGGACUGUAAUGUAACAUGCCAUUCGCUAAACACCCCACUAUUGGAUUUCAACAUGCAUUUUUCUGCUGGCUAUUGGAAGAAAGGUAUUUCAGUCUGGAAGUACUCGGCAUUUGGACGCGUUUCAAAUUGAAUUAAGUGUGGCGUUCCCUUGCAACGCGUUGUUUUAGGCGAACUGAAACGUCCCGUUAUCGGUAGUCAUGAUUUUUCUUCUUGGCUCGUCCGAAAGUAAAUAGCUAAUUUUGGUGGAGACUGAAGGUGGCUUGAAAGUUGCUGGUUUGGAAGCCAAUGAUGCCACGUGUUGAAAAUGGACGAUCAUCGGUCUGCUGCUUGUUUUGUUGAUACUCGGAUGAUACUUUUCAGUCUUAAACAAACAAAAAAUCCAUACGCAAUUUUACACGAUCUACGUGUAAAUUUGUUUACCACUGACUUUGAGAUUUCCACAUUUACUUUUUUUAAAAAUACAUAUAUACUCUGGUACAGUGCGUGAGCGCACUGAACCUGCCUAACUGAGUUCGAUUUCCCGCCCGUGGUUUAACAUUCGUGGCGAGUGACAUCCGCACCGAUCCUGCCUCCUCGCCCUUCGCCAGCCAUCGCUGACCGGCGUGGUGAAAGUAUGAAAGUAUGCACGGUCACAUAACCCUACCCCCCACCCCCCCCAUGCGGCACUGGGAGGGCUUUCAUCCAGCAGUGGAUUAACAAAGGGGCUUUACGAGCUUGUUUUUUUCUCAUCUGAGAGCGAUGGCUGGAAAACUGGACACAUGUCAAGCACGUGUCCUCGUGACAUGCCCUGCCAGUAAAGUUCAUCACUGAGCACGUGGAAGGUGCAUUUGUUACACCUCGGCGGGUUAAAUUUCCUUUCGGAAAUUGUUCCAUUCCUGUACAGCUUCUCCAAAUUUACAAGCCAAUAUCUAACCAUGACGAGAUGAGAAAUCGAUUAUUUUCAGAUAUAUAUUUUUGAACUGUUUGCAAUUUGUUUAAGUAGUAGCCACGAUAUGGUGCUGCGGUGACGAGAUGGUAACUCCCUUUCCUGGUAUACAGGAGGUCGUAGGUUCGAUCGCAACCCUUAAUUUGUAUGAACCUAUUUACAUUUUCUUUGGUCAGUUCAUGGCUGGAUUGUGAUCCCCUGUGCUCCAUGUUGGUUAUGGGAGUUGUUUGGCUGUGGGGUGUCGCGGUGGCGAGAUGUUAACACCCUCGCCUAGUAUGCAGGAGGUCGUGGGUUCGAUCCCGAUCAUUGAUGCCUGCUGUAUAUUUGGAGUUUGCGUGUCUCUCCGUGGUCGCGUGGUUUUUGCUCCAGGCCCUCCGAUUUCACCCCCCCCCCCCCCCCACAUUUAGAAACGUGCGUUUGUAGUAUUUGCCUGCUAGACAUUUCCACACAAUAAGCCACUUCGUUGAGCUAUCAUUUGUGGCCAGGUCGCUUCUGAAAACGAGCUGUAUUGCUCAGUGAGCCUCACCGGGUAAAAUUUAAAAUGUUUUUACUUAGUUCAGUUUUUCAACGGGUACGUUUCUUCACGAGCAACCUAAGCUCACGAAAAAAUGUGUACACCAGAAAAUGUUCAACAUUACGUCCGCAACGUGUUAAGACUUCGUUUUGGAUUAAUAAUAAACAUACCUCUCUUUUUUUCCUCUCUCUCUCUCUUCUCUUUUGGAAAGGAAGUGGCAUCACAAGUCAAUCUGUGUUUGCGAUGAGGAACUGGUUUUAGGUCUGGACACGUGAUAGCAUUUUUUUAGCUAAGGGGGGGGGGGCGAACCCCACUGCCACUAUACAUUUACUUCAAGUGCUUGACUCAAGAGUAACAUUCUACACCGGAGCAUUUCGUGGCCAUCCGAUUGCAACGUAACGUUUUGAACAUUUUAAGUCAACAAGCUGAGGGACCCUGAGAAAGUCAGGUCUCUGAGCCUGAUGGGGGAGCAGACUGGGCUGAUCAAGUUUAAGGGCCGGCUGAAGGACGGGGACGCCCUGCGAUCGGGAUGGCUCAAGAAGCAGGGCGGCUUCGUGAAGACAUGGCACACGCGCUGGUUCGUCCUCCGCCGGGGACAGCUCUACUACUACAAGAACGACGAGGAGGCCAAGGAGCAGGGAGCUAUCCCACUGCUUGGGAACAGAGUGAAUCCCCUUGUGACCGGUGCUGAAGAGCAGGGGAAGCACCUGUUUGAGAUCCUCCCAGGUGCCGACCGCGAUCGGAUGACAUCAAACCACGAGUCGUAUCUGCUCAUGGCAAGCAGCCAGGGUGACAUGGAGGAGUGGGUGAAGGCGAUUCGCCGGGCGACAGCCAGCCCAUCUCUCAGCAAAGGAGUGUUUGGCCAGCGGCUGGAGGAGACGGUGCGGAGCGAGACGGGCUCAGACGGGGUGACGGCGCCAGCCCCGCUGCUCGUCACUCAGUGCGUCAACUUCAUCCGCUGCCAGGGCCUGGCCGAGGAGGGCCUCUUCCGUCUGCCGGGCCAGACGAACCUGGUGCGCGAGCUGCAAGAGGCCUUCGACUGCGGCGAACGCCCCAUCUUUGACGGGGACACGGACGUCCACACGGUGGCCUCCCUCGUGAAGCUCUACCUGCGCGAGCUGCCCGAGCCCGUGGUGCCGUUCUCCCUGUACAGCGAGUUCCUCUCUUGUGCUUCUCUCCUGGCCAAGAACCAGAGCGAGGGAGUAAAGGAACUGACUCAACUUGCGAACAGCCUCCCACUCGCAAACUUCAACCUCCUCAAGUACAUUUGCAGCUUCCUGUACGAGGUGCAGUCGCACGCCAGCAUCAACAAGAUGAGUAUACAGAAUCUGGCCACCGUCUUCGGACCAAACAUCCUGAGGCCUAAAGUGGAGGACCCAGCGACCAUCAUGGAAGGAGCGACGACGGUGCAACACCUGAUGUCCACCUUGAUCGAGCAGCACGUCGUGCUCUUCGCGCGCGGCCCGGAGGCGCCCAAGUCGUCUCUGAGCAGAACAAAUGGGACCGGCUUCCGGCGGAGGGAGAGCGGAGUGUCGUGGGACGAGUCGAGCGCCCCUGCCCAGACCGACGGGGGCGCUUUGUCAUCGCCCCUGAGCCUGUGCGCGGAGCAGCCGGGUUGCUACGAAAAGAACGGACUGGGCUUCCAAAGCGGGUCCUUGUCACAGGACGUAUUGCAGAGCUUGGCUCAGGGCGGCAUAGCCUCCGAGCUGUUCAGGGACAAACCGUUCAAGGCCAGGAAGUACUCGUCGAUGAGGAUUUCGGUGGGGAAGCAGAUGAGGCCGUCGCAAAACGCGGCCAUCGCCAACGGCGACGAGGGAGCGAACGAGCAGGGCCGCGACGACAGGACGCCGAGCGGGUGGGCCGGCUCGGCCGACGACCCCAGAGACGAAUCUCACUCCCCCGUCCAGCGGAGACCAAACAGGGACAGUCCCGGCGCAGGCAUGGCCGCCAACCGCCAGUCGACCUAUGACAACGUGGCACCUCCAGGCAACGCGGACGGAUCGCCGGGCGCGUGCGAGGGGGCCAUGUGGUGCAGCUCCGUCUCAAAGCCCCCACGCACGCGCAACCACGCGUCGUCCUGUGGCGACGAGCCGCCCGGCACGAGUGACGACGCCGCCGCCGCCAGGUUUUGGCUGGACGACGCGAGGGGUCAAAGCGCGGCAGCGCAGAGGGACCGGCUCAAGUCCAGCGGCAGCGACUGGGAUCCGAUGCUCUCGCCGACGGACUCGGCCAGUUCGAUCAACACGCAAAUGCUGAGCAACUUGAUGGCGAAGAUGCAGAUAGAGUUGUCCAAGCAGAAGCUCGAUUACGAGGGCAAGAUACGGAGCCUGGAGACGUGCAAGCAGGAGCUGCAGGGCCGGGUGACGGCGCUGAGCGACGAGCUGGAGCAGGAGAGGAAGAAGACGACCAUGCUGGAGAUCCGCAUGAGGAACGCCGAGAGGGCCCAGGCGGACGCAGAGCAGCGCAACGCGGCGCUGCAGCGCGAGAUGGAGGGCUUCUUCACCACGUUUGGAAGCUUGCAGCCGCAGCAAUGACCCCCCCGCCCCGCCACGGGAGUUGCGUCUUGCGCGUGGUUGUUUUAUCGCGAUAACAGAAAAAGUUUUGCUCGUUGCACCUUUCCCACCCCCCCCCCCCUACACGUUGUCGUUUUAUUGUUGUUGAUCCCUGUAAAUGCUGAUAACCUAACUGGAACGUGCGAAGUAUUUCAUGUGAUGAGUUUAUUUUUAAAGGUUUGUGCCCUCCAUUGGAGGGCGGUAUUGCGGUUGUAGCGACGAUCAGGGCGUCGCAAGUCAGAUUUCUUCUGUUCACGUAUUUAUUAGGCAUGUAAUGACUCACCUACCCUCAUGAUUCGAUUCAAGAAUCGAUGUUAUAUUGUUGUGAAUGUAGUGCCGAGACCCAAUUGCAUACAACAAAUUGAAUAUUGACUCUUAGGACGCCACGAUUCAAUGCAUGUACCAAAACCAUAAUUGUAAUCGGUGAAUCUAUGCAUCGUUACAUGCCUAGUAUUUACAGGUAUGCAUGCAGACACAUACAUAUAUCAUAAACACGUCUGUGCUUGCAUACAAAUUGCACGGGACCAGCCCAGCGUAGCUCGAUAGAGCAACAGGCUCCGGAUCAGAAGAUACCCAACUUCAAAUUCCAGUCAAGAGAUGACCCAGCAGAUCAUUCCUCCCAGGGUCCAGGAAAAAGGGCAGUGCCUGAUUAAUUGUAUUCAGCGACAAAACAACAUUGUUUUAUGAAUGAACUGGCCCCUGACACAGGAUAGUGUAAUUUCCACCGCCGAUCCAGUAAAUAUAUUUCCAUAAGCUCCUCUAGGAAUAUGGGAAACUAACUUUUAAAAAGUAAAUGUAUACGGCGUCUAUAUAAACCAGUGACCCCUUGAUUUAAUAUAAGAAACUACCAAAUCUAGGAUGUGGGACCCCUAUAUGUUUUAUAACGAGGUCAAAUACGUUUAAUUAUGUAUUGUAUUUUACUAGUAUGUAUAUGAAAUACAAACUAUUGAUAUAUCGAACUAGGAGUGUCUGACCAGAGUGAUAGUGAUUCUAAUUUCAGUCUCCCCAGAAUACAGAUAAAGGUGCGAGGCUAACAACAGUAUUUGUCACAGCAAUUUACUUGUCUUUUAUUUGACAGAGACCUAAUACAAUGAAUAAUCAAAUGAGGAAAAGUAGAGUACAGUACGUAGUUUUUUUCUCUCCUAACUUUUGUUGUAAAUUAAUCAUUAAGGCCGGAACUCCCAGAGGUGGUUAAGGAAUUAUGUAAGCUGUGCAGAGCAGACCCACAAAAAGCUUUGCAAGCGAGUGUAUUUAAAUUUCGAUUUAAAGCUUUCGUGACUGCAGGGAUUCAUCUUCUUGGUUCUUUCGGUAAAGUCACGUAGAAGGGAAGUAAUA